UCAUAACCAUUUUUAAGUGUCCUGUUCAGUGAUAUUAAAUUAAGUUCAGGUUUUAUUUUAAGGCCUAUAAUCUCAUUCAAUUCUAAUCUCAUCAGGUUUCUGCAUAUGUCAUAAGGCCCAGAGCCUUGAGACUCUUUCUUCCAUUUACUGCCACCCCCUGUUACACUUUGUGCGCCUUCUGGCCAUCCCUCAAAACCUCUAGGACAAAGCAAUCUGAGUCAGGCUACCCUUGUGACCAUCUUUUGUAAGACACUAACAUUUCAACAUAUUUUUGUAGCCUUUCACAUUAAAUGGCUGUCAUUUUGCAAAACAAAAUGUUAACACACCUAGGAAGAAUUGUGUUGUACAGGUGGCUUGCCACACCAGGAAUUUAUGCCUGUGUUUCCCCAGUCCUCAGACAUAUGUGAGAUGUGUGACUUAAGGCCCAACACCGACCUUUUAGGGCUUCCCUGUCAUCAGCUUUCAGUGAGUGAGCCAAACUAAACAAUCUCUGAAAGGCCUCCAGUCUAGGAGCUGAGAUGCUCUGUCACACCCUGGCCCCAGGUUCCUCCGACCCUAAGCACCAAGAGAAAGACCAGAUGGCAAAUGUCUGUUGUCUUGGAGACGGGCCUCAGCCUGUUUUUUAGCCUGGAUCCUUCCUAGAGACCUGACAUUUUUUGCUACCCAAGCCUCACCUCACAGAUAUUUUCCAACCAAAAUUGAGGCUAAAUGGUCUGAAGACAAGGAGAUAUACAUUCACGAAAAGCAUGGAGAAGGUGGGACAAGCAGGAAGGCGCGGUGGGGCAGGUUGCAGGAGUGGGUUUGGUGGGGCCCAGUGCGCACAGCAGGGGCAGGGAAACCGCCUGGGAGUAGGCAGAGCGAGGAGACUUGGUGCUCUGGACGGGCCAGAGUCUCUUUCUUGACCUCCGAGUGCAUGUUGGGCCUGGGGCCUGGCUAUGGGGUGACACUGAGCUCAACAGAGCCACUGCCCAUUCCGGCCCCACCUCUUGCCAGGAAACGCCUCCCCACCGCAGUGACCACAUCCCCCCAGGUUGCCUUGGAAACAUUCCACUGGGGUGCUGGGGGACCCAGGGCACGGUUGCUCAACAAUAGGUGGUGCCCUCCUUUCCGCCCUCAUCAGAGACAACUGCCCUGCACCCUCUGCUCACACAGGGAAGAGCAACUCCAAAGUUGAGCCAGAAGCCCGGGGACUGACCGAGGUGAGAUGCCUCCGACUCCAGAGCAGCCUUCUGGGCACAUGGAGGGGCCUCCUGCAUCGGAGUCAGCCUUUUGGCCCCUGUUGCCCUGCGGGCCCUGCAUCCCCAUCAUGCUGGCCCUGGCUGCCCUGGCUGCCAUCUUCCUCCUGACUACGGCCGUGUUGGCUGAACGCCUGUUCCGCCGCUCUCUCCGCCCAGACCCCAGCACUUAUGCGCCCACCUUGGUCUGGCGCCCUGGAGGAGAGCUGUGGAUCGAGCCCAUGGGCACACCCAGAGAGCGCUCCGAGGACUGGUAUGGCUCAGCGGUUCCCCUGCUGAUGGACCGGGACCCAGACCCUCCCACCCCAGGGGGCACCUUGGAGGCACGAGCUACAGCCCCACCUGCUCUGUCAACCCCAAACUCUCCUUCCAGUUCCUCAGUCCCCCAGAUCCCACCCAAGGUCCCAGCCCAUAGCACCUUCUGGAGGCCCCCCGCCUCAGGCCUGGUGAGCUGGAUAGAGCCUGAACAGAGGCCAGAAGCCAGUGUGCAUCUAGGGAGCCCCCAGGCCCAGAGACAGCGGCCAGGAAGCCCUGAUCCUGAGUGGGGCCUCCAGCCUCGGGUCACCCUGGAGCAGAUCUCAGCUUUCUGGAGGCGUGAAGGCCGGACCAGCGUGGGUUUCUGAAUCCCGAGGGCCUGGAGGACUGGCCUCCCAGAGUCCCCUGAGGAAGGUCCAACCUCAGAGGAAUCUUAAGACCCUGAGGCCCCAAAGAACCUGAGUUGACACCCCACCCCUAGCAAAGAAUGCCCCUCCCAGGCCUUUUCCUUCUGGAUUUGAGCUCCCCCUGGAUCUGAGCCUGGGCAGGCUGGGUGUGGACAGAGCCUGUGCCACAGGGGAAGCUCAGCGGUGCCUUUGCUUAGCUGCCCGGGGCUGCGGCGUGGAGAACUGGAGUUGGGGCACCCUGGGUCAGAAGCUGCCAAAAUCACAUUCCAGAUUAAGAACUCAAGGCACCAGACAGGCAGGAAACAGCAUAAACUCAGUGGCUCCCACCCUCCUUCAGUCGGCACCCAAGAUGCCAACACUGAAGUGCAGGGUGCUGUGGAUGCUGAAGAACAGACUGGGUAUGAUGACGAGGGUCAGCCGUGCUAGCAGGAGAGGACAGGAGUCCUGCUUCCCAGAGUCACAAGUCAUCCCUCUGGAAAAACACAAAACGAGAGGUCGAGACCAGGCAAAAGACCAUCUUAUUACAUCCAAACUGUGGCUUUGAUCCCCACCUUGCAACAAGAGACCUUCUCUUGCCUGCAGCUGAGACCUACAGUCAGAAAAGGCCAGCGGGCAGCACGUCCUCUGGAGGCCGCCACAUCUUAGCCCUCUGGAUCUUAUCGCUCCACGGUGAGGGAGGCCUCGGCCAAGGAGAUCUGAGUUUGAUCCAGUGUGGAAACGAAUACUCUCCUGGGGCAGGGCAGCUUCCAAAACAUGGCCUCUGACCAUCUUCCCCCCCAGCUUACUGGAGUGGUUUAAAAAGGCAGAUUUGCCCCAAGACAGGCUUACUUAUAAUGCUCCACCCCACAGAAGUGGAGCCCCGAUCUCGUAUCAGCCGAUCUCCCCUUUGGGAGCAGAGCCAGGGGCUGGGAGAGGUGAAGGA